AUGAAGAAGGAAGAAAACCUAGAAGACAUUUAUAUUCAGCUGGCUAUGUUUGCAACUGCUGAGAAACACACUGGCUAUCAGUCAACCGGGACCUUGUUUCACUCUUCCUACUUAACAGGAAUUAGUCCUCAGGGUUUCUUGAGCACGGGAGAUCAAGCGGCUAAAGGGAACUAUGGGCUUCUUGAUCUCAUUCAGGCCUUGAGGUGGACUAGUGAAAACAUUGGGUUCUUUGGGGGUGACCCGCUGAGAAUAACUGUUUUUGGAUCGGGCGCCGGUGGUUCAUGUGUCAAUCUCUUGACUUUAUCCCAUUAUUCUGAAGGUCUUUUCCAGAGGGCAAUAGCUCAAAGCGGAACGGCUCUCUCCAGCUGGGCGGUCAGUUUCCAACCAGCAAAAUAUGCAAGGAUGUUGGCUACAAAAGUUGGUUGCAACGUGUCGGACACGGUUGAAUUAGUAGAAUGUCUACAGAAGAAGCCGUACAGAGAACUCGUUGAUCAGGAUAUUCAGCCAGCUCGAUACCACAUAGCCUUUGGUCCAGUCAUCGAUGGGGAUGUGAUACCAGAUGACCCUCAGAUACUGAUGGAGCAAGGAGAGUUCCUAAAUUACGACAUAAUGUUGGGAGUUAACCAAGGAGAAGGGUUGAAAUUUGUUGAAAACAUUGUUGACAGUGAAGAUGGCAUAUCUGCUAGUGACUUUGACUUUGCUGUGUCAAACUUUGUUGAUAAUUUGUAUGGGUACCCUGAAGGCAAAGAUAUACUGAGAGAAACUAUUAAGUUCAUGUACACAGACUGGGCAGAUAGACAUAAUCCUGAGACAAGAAGGAAAACACUUUUGGCUUUGUUUACUGACCACCAGUGGGUUGCACCGGCGGUGGCUACAGCUGAUCUCCAUUCCAAUUUUGGAUCACCUACAUAUUUUUAUGCCUUCUACCAUCAUUGCCAAACAGAUCAGGUACCAGCAUGGGCGGAUGCUGCUCAUGGCGAUGAGGUUCCUUACGUCUUAGGAAUCCCAAUGAUUGGACCAACGGAAUUAUUUCCUUGUAAUUUCUCCAAAAAUGAUGUCAUGCUAAGUGCAGUGGUGAUGACAUAUUGGACAAACUUUGCAAAAACAGGGGACCCCAAUCAGCCAGUCCCGCAAGACACCAAGUUCAUCCACACAAAACCGAAUCGUUUUGAGGAAGUAGCAUGGACCAGAUACUCCCAGAAAGACCAACUCUACCUUCACAUUGGAUUAAAACCACGAGUGAAAGAACAUUACAGGGCCAACAAGGUGAACCUGUGGCUGGAACUGGUACCUCACCUGCACAAUCUUAAUGACAUUUCACAGUAUACCUCUACGACAACUAAAGUGCCAUCCACUGAUAUUACUUUUAGGCCAACUCGGAAAAAUUUGGUACCCGUAACUUCAGCCUUUCCUACAGCCAAGCAAGAUGAUCCCAAACAACCGCCAAGCUUAAUCGCCGGUGAUCAAAGAGACUACUCUACGGAGUUGAGUGUAACUAUUGCCGUUGGAGCAUCUUUGUUGUUCCUGAACAUUUUAGCCUUUGCGGCACUAUAUUACAAAAAGGAUAAGAGGAGACAUGAUGUCCACCGGAGAUGUAGCCCACAGCGUACUACGACCAAUGAUCUUACCCAUGCACAAGAAGAGGAAAUAAUGUCCCUCCAAAUGAAGCACACUGACUUGGGUCAUGAAUGUGAAUCCAUCCAUCCACAUGAGGUGGUUCUGAGGACCGCCUGCCCCCCAGACUAUACACUAGCUAUGAGGCGGUCCCCUGAUGAUAUUCCUUUAAUGACCCCGAACACCAUUACGAUGAUUCCCAACACUAUACCUGGGAUUCAGCCCUUACACACAUUUAAUACAUUUACUGGUGGACAGAAUAACACUCUGCCUCAUCCCCACCCACACCCACACCCACACCCGCAUUCACAUUCGACAACUAGGGUAUAGCCCAAGAGAGGUAAAACAAACUUUUAUUUUUGGUGGAUUACAGUGCGUUAUAAUUAUAGAAGACUUCACUUGGCUUUCAACCUACAAGACUUUUACUAUUUAAAUAUGGAGGAAUAUUAUGUGAAUAUACAUAUCAAAAACUUUGGGGAUUUUGGGGAAAAACGAAUUGUACAUAUAUACAAAUGAACUUUUAAAAAAAUAUAUAACUUUUUUUGCAGUUGCUUGAAGCAAUUGCCCCGAAUGAUACUUUUUACAUUCACAUUCAACUAUUGAUUUUUUCUUUUUCUUUUCUUUUCUUUUCUUUUGAAGGAUUUAAGUUACAUAUUGGCAUUUGGCAUGUGCAACACAAAAAAAGUGGGAAAGAAAUGAUGACUGAUAAUUUAAGAAAAAAGUUCUAUGAAUAUGCACAAGGGACACAUUAAUGGAAUGUCAGCUUAUUUUCACCUAUUUUUAGUUGGAACUGUUUUCUUGUGUAGACCAUAUUUACAUGUUGGGAUAAGUAUACAAAGCACCAGUGCUGUUAAAGGCUUUAGAAAGGGGCUCAUAUGCUAAGAUCUGCCAGUUUAAAAAAGAAAGAAAGAAAGAAAGAAAUUAAACAUUUUAAAAAGGGGAAAGAAUUUUAUAACCUGGCAGGGACAUCAUUAUCACAUAAGUGCUGUCAGUAUAAACGUUGUGGGAAUAAAGGAUGCCGGAUAUUUUUAGCACGAUGUGCAUGAUCAUUUAUUAUGCUUGGUGGCUGUGCUGCUGAUUAAGCCGUAAUUAAAAUUCUUUUCAUCCCAUUGGAGUUCUCAGUUGAAGCUUCUUCCCUCAAUUGGUGCACCCUACUGAAGGUUUCAAGGAGAGGGUAAAAAUGUAAUUGAGAAUCUUGAAAUUGUUGUAGGUUUUUUGGGCUGUUUGGCCAUGUUCUGGAGGUUUUUCUUCCUAAUGUU